GCCUACCUGUUCAUUUUAUUUGUUUUCUAACCUCCUGGUGAGGUUUGCUGUUGUUCCAUCAAAAGGACAGCACAGUGAGAGAUUGCUCUGCGUACUCCUCAUUGCUGCAUACCUUAUUCUGUUUAUACCCAAAACUCUGACUCAGUACUGUUGAUGUCAGCUCAGUCUUUCCCUGGCUUCAGGUUGUUCUGAAUCAGUCUAUAAACCUAAAAUUCAAAGCUUCUUCUGACAAAGAAAACAAAACCUUUUUUCUUCAGUUCCCAACAGAACUUGUGUUGUGGUUUAAGCCUGUUGUUCACGUCUAAUCAUGUUCACCAGUGAUCAUUUCAAGCAUCAUAUAUUAGAGUGAAAUUACCUAGUAUUCAAUAUUUCCUUGAUUGCGUUUGGUUCAUCAACAAUUACUGCAUUUAAAAAGGGCGGUGGCGUUCUGCCGUCCCUGCUCCCUCGCUCUGCAAUUGGGAAGGGUGGUUAGGAAGGGUUGUAAACGUCAUCCAGGUAGCUAAGGUAAUCCCUGGUAUUUAAGGAGGUGAGAAUAAACACUGGUCUUCUUUUAGGUGUGGACAGGUAUGAGAUUGACUAGUCCGAUCCAACCUAAGGAGAAUUUGUAAAGCCGAGGACAUGUGUUUUGGAAGGUGUGCUAGAUGUGUUGGUUAUAAGUUGCUCAUCCUUGCCCUGCUCUGCAUUGUGGCCAACAUUUUACUUUAUUUUCCCAAUGGCGAAACAAGAUUUGCUUCAGAGCAUCACCUUGGCAAAUACGUAGAGUGCCUUCACGGCAUUCUAGGUGGAGGCUUUCUGGUACUCAUUCCAGCUGCAGUGUUCAUUGGGCUGCACAAUGGGGACUGCUGUGGCUGCUUUGGCCAUGGGGGCUGUGGGAAGAGCUGUGUGAUGCUGUCCUCGGUUCUGGCAGCCUUUGUUGGGAUCCUUGGCUCUGGAUACUGUAUAAUCAUUUCAGCACUGGGCUUGUCUCAAGGACCAUAUUGUUUUACCCACCUACAGAGAAACUGGAUCUAUCCUUUCGCUGAUUCCUCUGGAGGGUACUUGUUUGAGUAUAACAAGUGGUCUGAAUGUCAAGAACCUCAAAACAUCGUGCAGUGGAAUGUCACCCUCUUUUCCAUCCUCCUUGUCUUGGGAGGAAUAGAGUUCAUUCUGUGCUUCAUACAGAUAAUCAAUGGACUGUGUGGGUUGUGCAGUGACGAGGAGGCUCUGCCAGAGUGGAACUGCUUCACUGCUUGGUUUGGAUCAUUUAGCUGAAUCAACAAGGGUUCAGCAGCAGCUCUGUGACAGAUACAGCCGCACAUGUGGAAU